GAGAAUCGCGCGGGUAAGUUUCAAAACAAAAAUGGCGACUGAAAGAGCAGUAGCGUUACUAGAAAGAACUGACCCUUCUCUUUUGAAGACAUGCGAAUCCACCGAGGCUCAGGACGCUGGAGAGGGAAAAGUUAUGACAGCUUAUUUAAUGGACUGCAGACGGAAACAGAAGAUCAUGUGCCAACAGUAUGGUGUGAUGGAUGAUAUGUUGAAGCUUCUUGCAGGUCUGGAGUCAGCAGAACAGUUCCUGAAUGAACCAUGUCCACCCAAACCAGACAAUGAGGCCAGCCCUCCCUGGAAGGCUUUGAAGGCAGAGUAUCUUGAGCACGUCCAGGAAGUGGAGGGGCUGAUAGGCACACUGGUGGAGUGCAUGGAAGAGCUACUCAAAAAACGGCAAAGGCUGGAGGCUCUGCUCGUUGCCCUGGAACAGAAAAAAGAGGAGUGCAAGGAACAGGAGCGAGCUGCACUACAGUCGAAGCAGAGAGCUGAGAAACAGAUGAAUCUGCAAAUAGACGAUUCCCUGCAGAGAGCCCAUGAUGCCUUGCGUGCUUGUGACAGACGGUUUUCUGAACUCAAAAUUCAAGUUGAUGAACAGUUAGCCAAGGUGGCUAAUUGGACGGCUUUUAGAGACAGGUUGCAGGCUACCCUAGAAGUCACUCAGGCUAAUAUGCAGUACAGGUUGUUGUCUGCGAGCCCCUCUGAGAUGUGUCUAGAGCUUCUGCCCCGCUCCACCCAGCAGUCCCUGCAGCCUCUGCAUCUGUCUGUCACCAUGACCACAGAAGACCACUUCCGCCUGCAGGUUUUUCAGGGCACUGCUGGCCUCUUAGAGGAGUCAGUGGAAGGCCCUGUAAGAGAGCUGAGUGCUGCACUGUUGGAAGUGAUGGAGUGCUACAUUAGUCAAGGAAAGAUGCUUGCUGAAAUCCAGGCUCUGCAUUCCAGGUUUGCAAUUGACUGGUGUCCAGCAAAGCGCCUGCUGAUCUUCCUCAAGUCCGCCACCACAGUGUGCCACCUGGAGCUGGACGAGGGCUAUCCAUCAAGUGGCCGUGCCAAACUGCUUGCUGUGCGCAAAGAUGGCAACCUUCUCAAUCUCUCUGCCCUGCAGCCCCCUGUGAUGAAUCCUACUCUGACAGAUUGGCUUGAGUUUCUCUCGUCAUACCCAGAUUUCUGAACACUGCCUGCAGCAUCAUGCUAGUCAGGUGAACUGCAGUGUCAAAGUGAAUCAGUACAAAUUUUUUUUACUAUGGCUGUAUCUCAACUGUAUGUGUAUACUAAAAUAGUCUUUUGUUUCAACUGGUAAUGUAUAUAAACUGAAAAAAUAAUUAUCCAGUGAGAUUAGUACCUGUCUACACCAAGUAAUGCGUCAGCCGGAACAGAUUUUGAGCAUCAAUAUGUACAUCAAGUGUUGUCUUUUCUGUGUUUGUUUUGUUCUGUGUAUUCUAUCUUACUGUCCUUAUAUAGGAAACUCCUGUAGGGUGUACUAAAUCAUUCUGUGUGUGUAUUUGUAUAAUAAAUUCAUUUUUUGGGGGAAAAAAAGUCCCACAAUAGGUAGUUUAAAAGGACUUUUAUCCAAUAGAAAAUGUAGAGAAUUAUAGAGAACUGAUCCAGUGUUAUAUCUCACUCUAUACACUCACUAGCCACUUAAAUAGGAACACCUGUACCUCUUCUCAUUCAUACAUUUAUUCAAUCUGCCCAACAUAUGGUGGCAUAAAACCAUACACAUACAGGUCAAGAGCUUCAAGUAAUGUUAGUAAUGUUAACAUCAUACAUCAGAAUGGGUGGGG